AUGGCUGCAAAUCCAGUCUCCCAGAAUGGGCAUUUCAUCCAUAACAAUACCACCGCCCCAGAGCACCCCAGUUUGAUGAGCAUGUUCUCCUUAAAGGGAAAAACUGCCAUCGUAACAGGGGCUGGUGCUGGUAUCGGUCUUGCUGUUGCUCACGGUCUUGCUGAGGCAGGUGCAAAUGUGGCAAUGUGGUAUAGAAACAAUACCAAAUGCCCCGAACAGGCAGCUGAGAUUGCAAGAAAGUAUGGUGUUCAGACCAAGGCAUACCAGGUCGAGGUGACUGAUGCAAUAGCUGUCGAGAAAGCUGUAAGCGCCGUUGUUCAGGAAUUCAACGGUCGCCUCGACGUAUUCAUCGCCAAUGCAGGUGUUCCCUGGACUAAGGGUCCUAUGGUUGACGGGCCGCUUGAGCAUUACCGCGAUGUUGUCGGUAUUGACCUAGACGGCACUUUCUACUGUGCCAAGGCCGCUGCUGAUCACUGGCGCCGUCAGAAAGAAGAGGGCACCGAUGCCAAUGGAAACAAACUCGUUAACUUCACAUACGGUAGCUUCGUCGCUACUGCUUCUAUGAGUGGCCACAUUGUCAAUUUCCCUCAGAUGCAGGCUGCCUAUAAUGCUGCUAAGACGGCUGUGAUACAUCUAUGCAAGUCUCUUUCGGUUGAAUGGGUUCGCUUCGCCCGUGCCAACACUGUCUCUCCGGGGUACAUCGCCACUGAAAUCUCCAAUUUCGUUCCCGAAGAAACCAAGAAUAUCUGGCGUGACAAAAUCCCCAUGGGCCGCGAAGGACAAGCUCACGAAUUGAAGGGUGCCUAUCUAUACCUGGCCUCUGAUGCUUCGACUUAUACAACUGGAGCUGAUCUUAUUGUCGAUGGUGGCUACUGUGCACCAUAG